UAGACCUUGAAAUAUUUAGAUAGUCUGAUACAAAAAUAAAUAAUAAUUUAAACAAAAACGUGAUAAUAAAACAAUGACACGGUUUUUAAAACCUCUGUUAGUUUUAGUCACAAUUUUCGGAAAAAUGUCUGUAUGUGAAAAUCCGGUUGUUGUGACCACCUCCGGUCGCGUCCAGGGCCGUAUUUGGCCAAACUCGUCAUUUUACGCCUUCCAAGGCAUCCCCUACGCCAAACCACCCCUCGGAAAACUCCGGUUCCAGGCCCCGGAACCCCCGGAACCCUGGAACGGUACCAAAAUCUGUCACGAAUACGGCCCCAAAUGCCUCCAAACCGCCAAAACCGGCGGUUCAAUAACCGGAAAUGAGGACUGUUUAACUCUCAAUGUUUUUACCCAAAAUUUGGAAAACCCGAAACCGGUUUUGGUUUAUUUCCACGGGGGGGCCCAUUUGAGGGGCUCGGGGGCCGAUUUGGGGCCCGAAUACCUCAUGGAGAAACCUGUGGUGCUUGUCACUGUUAAUUUUCGGUUAAAUGUCUUCGGUUUUUUGUCCACGAAUGAUGAAAAUGCGUGGGGGAAUGCCGGGAUUAAGGAUCAAGUGAGGGCUUUGGAGUGGGUUCGGGGGAAUAUUGGGGGAUUUGGGGGGGAUGGGGCAAAAGUGACGAUUUUUGGGGAGAGUUCAGGGGCGGAUUCAGUGGGUUUGAUACAGUUGAGUCCACGAGGGAGAGGGCUGUUUCAGGGGGUUAUUAUGCAAAGUGGGUCGAGUCUCAAUUCCAGGUAUUUGCAACGAAAUCCUUUGAAUUUUGUGAUGAAUCUUGCCAAUUUUUUUGGGAUUAAUUGCGAUAAUACCAAAAAUAUGGUUGAGGGGUUGCGAAAUAUUGAGGGGGAGGAGUUGGUAAAGGCCUCAAAUUCGACCAAAGCUACGGGCCAUGAAACUGAUCUAAGGGCUUCAGCCUUUUAUCCAGUAAUAGAAGCCGAAAAUAAGGACGCAAUUAUAACCCAAAGUCCCUUCGAAUUGCUCAAAAGUGGGAAUUUCAACAAAGUUCCUUUUAUUGUUGGUUACAACUCAAAUGAAGGCACUUUGGGACUAAAUAUCGUGAAAAACUUCAUGAAAAUUGACGAUUUCGACUCAAACUACGAACUAUUCUACCCUCAAUCUUUGAAUAAUGUUGACAAAAGUGAAGAAAUUGGGUCAAAAGUCCGGGAAUAUUUUUUAGGGGAUGACACUGCAAAAAACACUGAAAAAUUUUCAAAAUUUUUGGGCCAAGACCUCCUAGUGCGUGGCAUUCGCAAAAGCCUUGAUUUUUUCACCAAACACUCUGAGGGCUAUUUUUACAAAUUUGUGUACCAGGGGACCCACACGGGCCCCCACCCCGGAGUGGGGCACGCUGAAGAGCUGCAAUAUAUCUUCACCAAAAAUGGGACAACUGAAAAUUUGACUGAAAAUGAUGUUUUGACAAGGAGACGGAUGGUGGAAAUGUGGACAAAUUUCGCAACUCAUGGAGCCCCAAUUCCGGGAAAGCGACUCUUGGGUGAGGCAGUUUCGUGGGAAAAGUGCAACGAGACGAUUGCGUUUCUUGAAAUUGGGGAAAAUCUGAAAUUGGGGGAAAACCCAGAUUUUGAGGAGUACCAAUUUUGGGAAAAACUGUUCAAGAAUUAUGGAAAACCGCCAUUUCAGACGUACUAAUCCUUUUUGUGCACAAAAUUUAUCAUUUCUUGAAAAAAGUAAAAAUUUGUAAAAGUG